AUGAUACAAUCAAUUCCCUGGGGCUACAACGCCAAUCUCACCCUCCACACGCAUGAGGACAGCGUAAAGUUGCCGAUGAAGGCUGGGGACGCGACGGCGAUGAUUCCACUCAGAAAGUUGGUGCAGAACCUCCUGAGUGUCAAGCCGGGUUACGUGAAAUUGAACCCGUACUUGUUCAACGGGACGUUACAAACCAUGUACUACUCCAAGGAGUUUAAUAAACACCAGAUUUUCUACGGGCGCCAGCUCGUGAAGUUCCAGGACAAAGGGACAGCCUCCGCGGACUUUGUGAUUCUGCCGGAGAGCAAGGCGGACUUUUCCAAAAAGAGUGCGGAAACCAUUCCCGAGGGCUGGCCGAGAAUGAAUCGAAACACGCGCUUCCUCUCUACGGAAGAGGUGGGCAAGCUCUAUAGUGACAUGGCGCCAGAGAAGCCGAUUGUGGUGAUUUUGCAUGGCCUCGGAGGUGGGAGCCACGAACCAUUGGUCAGAGCCAUUGCCGACCGACUCUACAGCGGUAACAAGUACGACGUGGUGGUGUUGAACUCCAGAGGGUGCAGUAGAACCAAGAUCUCGACCCCAGAGUUGUUCAACGCCUUGUCUACUGGCGACAUCAGAGAGUUUGUAGCGAACUUGAAGGAGGCAUAUCCCAACAAACCGGUCUACGCAGUGGGCCUUUCCUUCGGGGGCACCAUUUUGGGCAACUUUUUGGGCGAAGACAGCGAUAAGUGUUUGGUGGACGCUGCCUGUGUGAUUUCUGCUCCGUGGGACUUGGUAGACUCCGCCUACCAUAUCGGAAACUCUUACUCCGGCAAACACAUGUUUGGGCCGGCGGUGGCGUCAUUCUUGCACCGGUUGAUCAAAAACAACAAGCAGGAGUUGAGCGAGAAUUGGCCGGAUUUUUUCACCCCUGAGCUUCUCAACCGCAAGUUCCAGUCCACGAUUGAGUUUGACAACUUGAUCACUGCCCCGCUCGUUGGCUUCCACUGCGCGAAUGAUUACUACCGCGAGGGCUCGCCAGUGAACAGAAUCUUCGAUAUCCACACCCCGACCUUGAUUUUGAACUCUACCGACGACCCAGUGGUUAGUGUUCGCUUGCCGUACGACGAGGUCAGAUCCAACCCGUGGUUGUGCAUGGUUGAGACCGACUUGGGUGGCCAUUUAGGGUACAUGAAGCCAGGGAACGAAUCUUGGACAGCAGAUUUGAUCUCCGAUUACUUUGAAGAGUUCACCAAGACCGUGAAUAUGUCUGUCAAGCCUGAGAGCACCUACAAGCGUCGGAUGGAUUGGAAGAACCACUCCUAG